AUGGCAUCAAGACUAUUCCUUGCCGCCAUCGUGGCAUCGUCACUUCUCUCUGCCGCCAUGGCAGAACCCGGUUCCAAGACACAGACGGCGACGCCGACAUACACCGGCGCUCUUCACUCCAUGUCGACCAAGGGGUGCUUCUCAUCAUCCGAGCCGCUCGAAGACCAAGGAUCUUACACCUUCCAGACCACGGGCAACUGCCAGCCCAUCUGCGUGGGCCUGGAGUACCCUGUCAUGGCUCUCGUCAACGGCAGCAACUGCUUCUGCGGAAACAAGCUUCCGGCAAAGGACACACAGGUCGAUGACGACAAGUGCAGCACACCUUGCAACGGAUAUCCCCAAGACACCUGCGGUGGACGUAACUACUGGCAAGUGGCUCUCACCGGCAUCGACAACAACGAGGUCGACUACUACGACGGCGACUCGUCGUCUUCCUCGUCAUCAUCUUCAUCUUCCAGCUCUACGCAGGGCACGCCCGUCGUCGUUACUGUGGGAGGUGGCCAGACGAUUGUCGUCACCAAGGGCGCCGAAGCCAGCGAGGCCGCCAAGAAGAAAUCCGAUGGGCCCAACAAGGCCGGCAUCGCCGCAGGCGUCGUUGUCGGUGUCGUUGUCAUGACAGCAAUCAUAGGAGGCGUUAUCCUGUUCCUGAGGCACAGGCGCAGAAAGCAGGUCGAGGACGAGUACCGCCAGCGCCAGAGCAUGAACAACUUCGUCGCGGGCGGAAAGGGCCCCGGCACCUCUGCCAUCAACGACACCAUCCUUGACCCGGCGUUCGCGCGGAGAAUGAGCAAUGGCAGCGUUGCCGACAACCAGGACUACUCGAGAAGGAUUCUCCAGGUGAGAAAUCCCGACGACGACUAG